AUGGCAAGCAUAAGCGCAAGCUCGCUGUCCCGUGGGGUCGCCUCCUCCUGCCCACGGGCACGGAUGCGGCUUGAGCAGCAAUUCUCGCUGCUGCGGAUUGGCCCGGCACACAUCACCAACAAGCCCGCCGGCAGCCAAAUACUGGCGCAGACCAGAUAUCGCUCUGAACAAAUACACCGUCCAGAGCCGCCCGAGAGACAGCUGGUCCCUGCCUCGCUUGCCAAUACUAGCGACCUGGAGAUGGACGCGAUUCUCGAAAAGUACACAAGCGGCGCUCUCUCCGAAAGUUCACAGAGCGGCAGCGACAGCGAAGGUAUCGGUGGCGGCCCAGCCGCAGUCAACUUUCAGCAGCUCAGAGGCUAUGCGCGCGCCGUUCCCCUAUCUCCGUCCUACUUUACGCGCGCAGAGAACUUCACCGACCGCUUCCUGGCCCUGCAGGAUUUGUUCAGGCGGUACAGCAAACUGCCCAAACUCCCCUUGCAAGAGAUGGACCGUGUGGCAUGGAUGUCCAAGGACAAGUUUCAGGAGAUCUUUCACGAGUCAGUCAAGAAUUCAGUGUACCAAAGAUACCUGAGCAUGAUGAAGACCCUGCACCGCAUCAAUCCCGACCUGAAGCCGGCUGCUGUGACCGAGUUUCUCCGCGAAUUCAUUGUCAAGACGAAUUUUGACGAGAAUCUGCCGAAGCCGCAGACGGUCGACAAGUUCGGCCGUGCCCUGGGUGUUGGUCGCCGUAAGGAGUCGGUUGCGCGUGCGUGGGUAGUGGAGGGUACGGGCGAGGUGCUUGUCAACGGCAAGAGCCUUAGCGGCGCGUUUGCGCGCGUUCACGACCGCGAGAGCGCUACGUGGGCACUGCGGUCGACGGAGCGGAUGGACAAGUACAACGUGUGGGCGCUGGUGGAUGGAGGUGGCACGACCGGCCAGGCUGAGGCGCUGACGCUGGCUGUGGCCAAGGCGCUCGUGACCCACGAGCCCGCGCUCAAGACAGCACUCCGAAAAGCCGGCUGCAUUACGCGUGAUAGAAGAACGGUGGAGCGUAAGAAGCCGGGCCACCUUAAGGCGAGAAAGAUGCCUGCGUGGGUCAAGAGAUAG